AUGGCUGGUAAUAAUAGGCAUGUAAAUGUUGAAUAUGAUGAAGAAAGCUUGAGUGGUGCAAGGAAAAUUCAACCUGUCUUCUCUACACCAAUGCCAGAGCACUGGACAGAUGAGGAGAAAAUGAAGAAGAAAACUUCUCUUUCCGUGAGUGAAUUGCUGGGCUUGGAGGACUUCCGUUCCUUAGAUGUUUGGAGAGCCUCAGUCGGCGAGCUGAUUGGCACAGCAGUUCUCGUAUUCAUGCUUGACACUAUUGUGAUAUCAACCAUUGAGUCUGAUAUCAAAAUGCCAAACCUUGUAUUAUCAAUCCUUGCAGCCAUUGUUAUUGCUAUACUACUUCUUGCUGUACAUCCAGUUUCCGGGGGUCACAUCAACCCGGUUAUCUCCUUCUCUGCCGCCCUGGUCGGGCUGAUCUCCAUGUCGAAAGCCAUAAUAUACAUUGUUGCACAAUGUCUUGGCGCCGUGUUAGGUGCGCUAGCUCUUAAAGCUGUGGUUAGCAGCACCAUUGAACAAACCUUCUCACUUGGAGGCUGCACCCUGACUGUGAUUGCACCCGGCCCGAAUGGACCUGUUAUGAUAGGCCUCGAGACGGCCCAAGCCUUUUGGUUAGAAAUAUUUUGCACCUUCGUAUUCCUUUUUGCAUCAAUUUGGAUGGCAUAUGAUCAGCGCCAAGCAAAGGAAUUAGGCCAUGUUCUUGUCUUGUCAAUUGUGGGAGUUGUGUUAGGUCUCCUAGUAUUUAUCUCUACCACUGUCACAGCCAAAAAGGGGUAUGCCGGGGCAGGGAUGAACCCGGCUAGGUGUUUUGGCCCGGCGAUUGUUAGAGGCGGCCACCUAUGGAAUGGACACUGGGUUUUCUGGGUUGGCCCGACCAUUGCUUGCGUGGCAUUCAUAAACAUGUGCUUCUAA